UUAUUUCCCUGCGUGCUGACGUCACUUAGAGAAACUCUUGCGCGUGUGGCCUGCAGUUCGGACAGCGGUCAGAUCGUCUGAUCAUCAAACACCAAAAAACUCUCACAAUGGGAAACUGUCAACCAACCGUUGUUCCUUAUGAAGACUUUGAUGUAGUUGCUGACAUAAAGGCCAUCCGGAAAGCCUGCAAAGGUUUAGGAACUGAUGAGAAAGCCAUCAUAAACAUCCUAGCCAAUCGAAGUGCAGCUCAGAGACUGGAGAUCAAACAUGCCUACUUUGAGAAAUAUGAUGAUGAGUUGGUGGAGGUUUUGAAGAGUGAGCUGACUGGUAAUUUUGAGAAUGCCAUUCUUGCCAUGUUGGACCCUCCUCACGUGUUUGCUGUUAAAGAGCUCAGGAAGGCCAUGAAGGGCGCUGGCACGGACGAGGAUGUCCUGGUGGAGAUCCUGUGCACUGCUACUAAUGCUGAGAUUGCCACUUACAAAGAAACCUACGCCCAUGUGCAUGAAAGGGAUUUGGAGGAAGACAUUGAAGCAGACACCAGUGGGGAUGUUAGGAGACUACUAACAAUGCUUCUCCAGGGCAACAGAGAUGAGAGCUACGAGGUGGACGAAGCGCUGGCAGAGCAAGAUGCCGUCUCACUGUUUGAAGCUGGAGAGGGCUGCUUUGGCACAGAUGAGUCAACUUUCAGCUACAUUCUGGCCGCCAGGAACUACUUACAACUGCAGGCCACAUUCAAAGCCUAUGAAGCUAUUUCUGGAACAGAGAUUUUGGAUGCAAUCGAUAAGGAAACCUCUGGAACUCUGAAGGACUGCUACAUCACUCUUGUGAGGUGUGCUAAGAACCCACAGCUAUUCUUUGCCCGAAGGCUGAAUGCUGCUAUGAAAGGUGCCGGAACUGAUGAAGACACUCUCAUCCGCAUCAUUGUGUGUCGCUCAGAGAUUGAUCUGGAGACCAUUAAAGACAUGUACCUGGAGAAAUAUGAUGUGACUCUAAAAGACGCCAUCAGCUCGGAAUGUGGCGGAGAUUUCAAGCGCCUCCUGCUGGCCAUCCUUCACUAAGGCACACAAUAUGAGUGCUUACCAUGGACCAAAGGAGGUUUCACUAUAGUAACAAUCAAGGCAAACUAACAUGACUCAUUUUCUGUCCUGUUGUCUACAAACAUGUUUUUAGCUUAAAGUUUAAUGUGGAGAAUUAGUAACACAACCUUCAAGUACAAAAUGUUUAAUAUCAAUGUUUUAUUGCACUGAUAUGUAUUCCUUAUAUAUUAUGAAAAUGUAAAACACCACGCAAAAGUCUCAUGAGUAGCUGUCCUCACAAACACAAACAUGCAUUUGUGGCCAGUUUCUGUGACAUUCCUUAUUCUUGAGGCAAAAUUGGCCAGUUGAAAUUGUUUAAGGGGAGUCUUGUGCUUUCUAGGAUUGCAAGAUUACAUUGCUGCAUUAUGGAAAAUAGAAUUUGAGUUUCCCCAUACGCCAGUAUUUUGCCACACUAAAACCUCACAGUUUUACUGUUUCAAAAUGUGCAUGACAAUGUGAAAUCUGAAUAUGUAUGUGAAUGACUUUGUGAAGCAUGUGGAGAAAUGCUAAAAUUACAAUGUAACAUUUACGGUCUGCAAAACAAUUGCAUAUUUAUGAGACUAGUGCAGCCAAUUUGUCUACUUGUGGUAAAAUAUCUAGAUUAUUGAAGCAGUUUUUACUCACCCAAUUAGUAGUUGUUAUAACUAACACAAGACUAAAGUAUUUAUAUUAUGUACAUGGAAUAUUUUAAUAUAACUUACAGUAUAUUUUAAUAUAUCUCGAACACAAGAAUACAGGCAGAGUUCUGCUGUUCUCCCAACAAUUGUAUUUGAUCAAAUUAAUAUAAAGAACAUUCACACAUUCACAACACAGGCCAAUGUGUCAUUCGGUAAAACUGAAUUGCAGGACUUGCUAUUUGAAAAAUGACCAUUUAAGAUACAGUUUGAAUAAACAUGAGAUGGAAUCUGGAGUAGUAUGUUCUGUAUUAACAGUUGUGUUUCACUCUAUAAAGUAAUUAUGAAUAAAAUAAAGCGGAUCAAAGUUA